AUGCAGAACAAUGCCGAGUUGCAGCGCACACUUAACGAGCUGUGCACGGAUCUCUUCGCUACCUCUGCAAUAGACAACUGCAGCUCCAUCCUGCAGUCCCUUGCGCUGCUUGCAGAGGCGUUUCCCCAUGCCCAGUCGCUUAUCGGUAGACUGCUCUCCCAACCGGAAGACAACCAAGAUCGACCAUGGCCUAUCACUGUUUCGAAGCUCUCAACCCUGUCGUCAAACUUUCUGUACAACAAGGAAACAGCUCGUAGCACGGUGUAUUUGUUGGCGGUAUUAGCGAACAACAACUAUCUGAACCAGCGUCGCAUCGUGCAGAAUGUAAUUGGUGUUAAACUAGAGAUUAAUCCCCGAAAACGUGGAGCUCUAGCAACCGGGAGUAAUCUGUACGCCCUCACAGUCCCUGUCACCGUCACCAACACGUACCGGAGAUGGAAGAAGCGUCAGCAAAAGCUCCAAAACUGUCGUUUACCCAGCGGCGUUCCUCCUACUCAUGAUGGGAUCCCCAUGCCCAACAUUUCCGCGACUUAUCGCGAUGGUCUCUAG